GGUACGGGCUCAGAAAGCCCGACUGGACCCGUGAACUUAAUGUGGCGCGAGCUGAAAAUUCAAGCGCCAUUGUGCGGUUGUAUAGCAAGGAAACAUGUUUUCUAAACAGAACAGCUGGUUUUAUCGAAAGGUGCUGUGUCUGAGGGCAGAAGCCAGCAUCGCUUGGUCCAUUCUGCUGCUACCGAUUACCACAGCACUGUUUGUCCUCUUGAGUAGAGUCAGCAUAUUCCAUCCCAUUCAAUGCAUAUCAGACGCCCUUGCUCUUCUCACCGCCUCCAGUUCCGUUUUUUCCCUGGUGUUGCUGUCUGGUGUGGUGGUGAUGAUGGGAAUUCUCAAUUUUGAAUCGCACACAGUGGUUCCCUCCAUCCCUUGCACGAGGAUUGCACAGUUAGGAAAGGUGCUCAACCCUCGCCAGUCGUUCCACUCCCUGGUGCACGCUGGCCUUGGUAUGUUGGUAUCAUGGUGUGCAGCGGUCACUAUUGGAGGCAGAUACAGCACAUUGGUCUCUGCAUGCACUCAGAGCGAGAGUCUGGAUACCAACCAGAUGUGUCUGAAUGAGUACCACCUGCUUCUGUUGCUGUCUGGGGCAUUUAUGGGAUACAGCCACAGUUUCCUUGGUGUUCUCCAAAACAUGGAAUACGUGUCAUUCCCUGUUAUACAGCAAUAUAAAUACCUGAGAUUCAAGGGUGCCUUGCGACACGUAGUCAAGUGUAGUGCCAAACAGUCACUGUGCUCGCUACGGAAUUUCCUUUUAAUUUACUAUUUUUUAGGUCAUGUACCAAAAGCAUGGAUUAGUACAGUUCUCAAUCUUCAGGAAGACAGCUCUCUCCAUGCCCUUGACACUCUGGCUGGACUCCUGGACUUGCCCCUCUUUUACCACCUGUGGAUUAGCGGUACUUUCCUGCUACUAACCUGGCACGUCCAAGUCCUGCUGUUCAGAAUCUAUAUCUCGGAGGCAUACAGUUUUCCAGUACAGUCUUCUUUUCCUGAGGAAACGGAGGACUGCCUUCCCAAAGUGUUGACCUGCAAAGACCUACCAAUCUUGAAGUUUCUAGCUUUACAGGACCUGUCUUCACUGUCUCAGCAUUCAGCUGUAAGAAGGUGGGAGGUGUUCAGCCUGAGCCAGCCAGGUGGACACCCUCACAACUGGAACGCCAUCAGUAAGGAGUGCCUCUCACUGCUGUCCGAGCUAACCCAGAGUCUGGUGUCUCACCAUGAUGCGGUCGCCUCCAAUGGCCGAAGCAGGUCCUCCUCCGCUCCCACACCCAGCAAAGGUGGCUCCGUUCCGCCUCCAGCAGGAUCUGAGGGUAAAGCUUUAUCUGGCUCAAAUUUGAGCUACAUACCCAAGUAUACCCAUCUGCGGUACAUCUCUGAUGUCCCAUCACCGAUGCUGUGGAGUUCCCCAACAGACCCUAAACUUGUGGCUAGCCCCGUUCAGAAGCCUACCCAGCAGCCCCCUCCACCAGCCGCAGAGAAGCCUAGCUUUCUCAGCCAGUGGGUCCAGAACCGCAAAGAGCAGGUUAAAGCUUUCUUGGCAAAGAGGGUGCUCUAUAUGUAUUUAUUUAGCAAGCUACCGGAAGCAACAAGCCAGGCUUUGUUUGCCGACAGCCAAGCUCACAUUUGGGCUUUAGAAGGCCUGUCGCAUCUUGUGAAGGCGUCGUACACCGAAGACAAGUUUGGUGUCAUGCAGACUACCCUACCAAGUAUUUUGAGUACCAUGUUGUCACUUCUUGAGGCUGUAGAACGCCAUUUUAAGCUACCCCAUGCGUCCAGCAAGCCUGCAAGACAUGCGUGCAGUAUGGUUGACCCUACCUACAAGACCCUGCGUUUCGCUUUGAGGGCCGCCCUCAAGACUGCCAUCUACAGAAUCGCCAACACCUUUGGACAGCAUCUCAAUGACGUGCAUCUGUCUGCUGAUCACAGGAAACGAAUGCAACAGUUUCUGGAGCAUAGAGAAUAAGACCAACUGAAUGACUUACUGACCUACCAGGCCUUUUUGGUUUGCCCUUCAUCUUUAGGGCACAGGUGGCUUGUGUGUUUUGUAUAUUAUCCCCAAAUCGCCUUCUAUCUCUUUGCUUUCUAUUAUGUCUUUCAUUGACUCCUUUUAUUUAUUUGUGUGACUGUAAAAACAAUGGCCGUGUUGGUUUUCAAUGUAAAAAGUUUCGAAAAAUAAAGAUGUUUAACUUUU